AUGGCCGACGAUGAGGACAGAGUUACCAUGCCCUUCAAGUUCGUGACUGGCUUCGAUGCGCGCUUCCCCAACCAGAACCAGACCAAGCACUGCUGGCAGAACUACGUCGACUACCACAAGUGCAUCCUCGCCAAGGGUGAGGACUUCAAGCCUGCCGUCAGGUACAUGACUUCCUCAAUCAACAACCAUGUCGCAACACUCGUUCUGACGCAUACCCAGUUCUUCCUCGCCUACAGAUCUCUCUGCCCCAGCUCGUGGGCCGCAAGAUGGGAUGACCAGCGUGGUGAGUCUCUAGCUAAUCUCACAUCAAGAACACAACCUGAUCGCGUCGCAUAG